CACUACGCCAUUUUUAUUUUGUAAAAGCUAUUGAGGUGACGCUGUUUAAGAAACUUUACCCGUUCGUUUCGUGAAAAAUUAGUCAAAUAGCUAGUGAAAAUGGUCGAUAAAAUCGAAAUGAGUUUGGACGAUAUCAUAAAAACAAACAAGUCCUCGAGGGGGCGAGGAGGCGGAAGACGCGGCGGAAGGAGCCGUGGCGGUGGCGGCGGCGGCCCACGCCGAGGAAACUUUCGAAGCCCCGGCGCCGGCGGCGGCAAUGUGCAAAGAGGUCGCGGGCGCGGUGGAAUUACACGAAGCUUCACGCGGGGAGAUGUAAACAGUGCGUGGAAGCAUGAUUUGUUCGAGGGUUACGGCCCCCGAAAAAUAGCAGCGGCCAGAGCUACGGUACAAGCUACCAUGGGUCCUACGAAACUCAUGGUAUCUAACUUAGAUUUCGGAGUUUCUGACUCUGAUAUACAGGAAUUAUUUGCCGAAUUCGGCCCCUUAAAGAGUGCUGCUGUACAUUACGAUCGGUCGGGUAGAUCGCUCGGUACUGCUGAUGUUAUCUUUGAACGAAAAAGUGAUGCCAUUAAAGCUAUGAAGCAAUAUAACGGAGUUCCAUUAGACGGACGAGCCAUGAACAUUCAACUCACCACUUCCGAAAUACCUAGCCCCAUUAGGAGGAGCGUUGUUGGCGAGAGGAAGUUCCAAAGAAGUCCCCCGAGGAGAGGAAACAAAGGCCGACCUACUAGAGGUCGAGGAGGAGGUGGACGAAACGUACGAGGGCAAGGACCGAAGAAACAACCCACAGCAGAAGAAUUAGAUGCCGAAUUGGACGCUUAUUCGAAAGAUAUGAAGUAGUUUAUGUGUUGUCAGUUGAUUAUUUUACAAUGUAGAGUCACAGUGUGGAUUGUGUGUAACAAUUGUAAUACUUUCGUGCAGUCGGAAAUUUUGAUUUUGAGUUUUUAAUAUAACUUAGUUUUAGUUUUUUUGUCAUACUGAAUAUCUGAUAACUUGUUAUUUGUAUAUUUUAAUAGAAUAAAAAUGUAAGUUGAUUAAAAUAAAUUUUUAUACGAUUAAUUUUAAUACAAAGUUAAUACCAUUGACAAAUAAAUACUCCGUCCUCCUUUA